AUGUUACCUACGACGUGUUUCUUCUAUCUUAUUUUGAUUUCCAAGCUAUUGGCUGCACCACAAAUCAAUCUGGAUUUUACAAUAAAUGAAAAAGAAUACAAUGAUGCAAAUGGUAGCAGAUAUAACUGUUUUCGACUUGCUUCGAAUAUGAAUUAUGUAAAUAACACUCGACACAUCUCUACUUAUUGUCUGAGUGAAUCAUCAUUGAAAUUUCAUAUUGACAAUGAUCGCUCAUCACAAACGUUUUCCUUCGCUGACCUUGCAAGACUAAAUAUUACCAGUGAAGAUUUAUAUAUCUGGUCCACACCACUCGAUAUUAUUGAACAAUAUCAAAUCUAUUUAGAAACAAAUGAUUUAUCUUUGUCGAAACAAUUCUUUUAUAAUUGCACAUUACCAAGAUUCGGAUCGAUGUGUCAGUAUGAAUUCUAUUAUUAUCACGAAAAUUAUUCAUCCUUGUACGAAAUGAUUCGUGGUUAUUAUAAAAUCAAUUCUGUUAUUCCAGAUAAUCUCACUUGUUAUAUGCAUCUAAAAUGUCAUCGAGGUUAUCCACCGAUAUGUUUAGAUUGGACGGAAAUUUGUGAUGGAAAAGUUGAUUGUUUGGAUGGCAAUGCUGACGAAGAACAUUGUUGGCAACUUGAAUUUAAUGAAUGUCAACCGAACGAAUAUGUAUGUGAUAUUGGACAAUGUAUACCGAAUGAAUUUGUUCGAGAUGAUCAACACGAUUUUGAUUGUAUCGAUCGAUCAGAUGAGAAAGCACCAAAUCUUAAGAGCCUAUUGCAAAUGAACACAUACGAACCUACAUUUGGGUCUGAAGAUUUUCGAUGUGAAGGUGAAUUUCUAUCUCGAUCUUGUGUAAUUUAUCGUCAUACUGUAAUGUCCGAAUUGAUGUUUCCAGUCAAAGAUAGUUCCAUUUCAAGUGAAUGCUGGUUAGCUUUUCAAUGUUAUUUAGCUUUUCCAAAUCGAAUCCAUCCCGGAAAGCAGCACGAUCUUAGAAAAUGCAUAUCUACAAUAAAAGAGACUUGUCCAGAUGUUCUCUACGUUCCAAAUAUUCCAAUCUUUUUUGGACACGUUUAUACAGCCUAUAGAACCAAUCGUACAGAGUUUGUCAACGAUUACACUUUACCGUAUUUAUGUUCAAACAAGCCUUUUCAUUUUCAAUCGCCCAAUAUUGUAUCAGGUGCGUCGAUUAAAAACACAACAUGUUUCAAAAUUCGUCGCUUCACCGAGGAAAUGCCAAUUUAUUUGUUUGGCUGGUUGUCUCGCUAUUAUAUGCCCUUAACUAACAUGUAUAGGCAACUUGAAGAAACAAAUCCCAUAAUAAAUUUUCCUGUGAAUCGAUGUAAUGAAGCGAACAUCUACCAAUGUUCGAAUUCAUCGAAAUGUAUUUCAUUUCAUCGUUUAAUGAAUAGUAUCUUCGAUUGUCCUUAUCACGAUGAUGAGAAUAUCUAUGAAGAUACAAAUCCUGAAGUAUUUGCUCGGUUAAAACAUCGAUAUUACAAAUGUCAUUUCACUAAUCGUUAUGUUCCUUACACAGCAAUUGAAAACGGCAAAUGUGAUUGUGGAUACAUUGAUGAUUCCUUUUGCGAAGAUGAGAGUGACUAUGAUACAUUGAUACAGACGACAAUAUCUUUUUCGACCACUUGCGAUGAUGUUCAGGACUUACGCGCAAUAGAAAUAGAUGGGCAAAAUCAUACAGAUGAAACCGAGUGUCAACACUGGGAAUGCGACAAUAUUUAUACGCGUUGUGAUAGAAUUUGGAAUUGUUUAGAUGGGAGAGAUGAAAUCGGAUGUAAUUCAUUGUCAACUUUAUUUCAUUGUUCUUCGGAACAUCGAAUAUGUGUAAGGAACGACACACUGGAAUUUACUUGUUUACCGAAAAAUAAACUCAAUGAUGGCGAAGUCGAUUGUCUCGGUGGUACUGAUGAACCAAAACUUUGCGAGGUUGAUGUCAAGUAUUCCAUGCGAGGAGGAUUUUAUUGUGUGAAUAACGGCACUCCGACUUGUCUCGAAACUGUUGAUCUAUGCAAUCAAAAGAAAGAUUGUUCAUUUGGAGAUGAUGAACGAUUUUGUUUACAGAAUCGAUCAGCACUACCGUAUGAUGGACUUUGUCGUCCUAGUGGCCAGUUGGUUACUUCAAAUGUUGAAAGGUUCAUAUGUUAUAGUACAAUAAGACGGAAGAAACUCAAACUGAAGCAUUUUACAAUCAAAGGAUUCCAUGAAACAGCUACAGAGGAAGAAAAUACGAAUGAAUUAUUAAAUGAGUAUAAACCAAUCAGUCUUCUUGACAAUCGUCGUUGCCUUCGUGGUCUUGAUGUACGCGUUUGGUUAAAUCAACCCUUGAAUCUUUAUACAAGCACGUGUUUUUGUCCACCAAACUACUACGGUGAUCAAUGUCAAUAUCAAAAUCAACGAGUAAGUUUAGCAAUUCGAUUUCAUGUCUCAACUCAAUUAAGACACACUCAACUCGCCGUUUUAAUUCUCCUUAUUGACGAUACUAACCAACGGAUUGUUCAUUCCUACGAACAAUUUACUUAUUUAUCUAUUCGAGAUUGUAACAUGAAAUUUAAUCUUUAUUUACUUUAUUCCACUCGACCUAAACAACUUGACCGAACGUAUUCAAUUCAUAUUGAUAUUUAUGAAAAAGUUUCUUUGAAAUAUCGCGGAAGCUUUUUCUAUCCGGUGAAUUUCUUCUUCUUGCCAGUUCAUCGUUUAGCAUUCAUCGUAAGCAUUCCAUUGGAAAAUAAUGAUCAAAGUUGUUCGAAUACUGAAUGUCUUCAUGGAAAAUGCUGGUCUGGGCAAUAUUGUCACAUUCCUCACCAUUGUACUUGUUCAUCGAAUUCCAUCUGUGUUGGCUUAUCGAGUUACAAUCGAUCGAUAUGUGUUUGUCGGGAAAAGUAUUUUGGUUCUGAUUGUUACAUUCAGAACCGAAUUUGCCAUCGAUUUCAAAGUGAAAACGAUGGUACGUGCAUUCCACGUGAUGAUUUCAUGUUACCAUCGACGAAACAGAAAUAUUUUUGUAUUUGCCCAAAAGGUUUUAGCGGAAGUCGAUGUCAACUUGUUGACACUGAAAUAAAUCUGAUUUUCGACAAAGAGAUGCAAAUAUCUCAGUCGAUUUUUAUUCACUUCUUACGAAUUAUUCCAUAUGGACAAUCUGCGGUUAUUCCUAAAUCAUCAUCCGAAAGAUUGACAACAUUACAAACGGUAUCUCAAGCAACAAAUUCUAUCAGAAUCUAUUGGUCAAAACCAUUUCAUCUCACUUUCAUCGAAACAUUGGAUAAGACUUAUUAUUUAACUGUUCUUCAACCGAUCUAUAAUCAUUCAAUGACAAUAAUUCGAAGAAUUAAUUCAUCGCAUCGUUGCCCAUCUAUCGGGGAAUUAGUGAAUGAAACAUUUGCUCAACUUCACGUUCUUCGUCGAAUGAAAUUGUAUCAUUUGAUUUGUCAGCAGNGAAUCUAUUGGUCAAAACCAUUUCAUCUCACUUUCAUCGAAACAUUGGAUAAGACUUAUUAUUUAACUGUUCUUCAACCGAUCUAUAAUCAUUCAAUGACAAUAAUUCGAAGAAUUAAUUCAUCGCAUCGUUGCCCAUCUAUCGGGGAAUUAGUGAAUGAAACAUUUGCUCAACUUCACGUUCUUCGUCGAAUGAAAUUGUAUCAUUUGAUUUGUCAGCAGUAUUCUGUUAAUUUGCAAUGUUUUUACGAUGAUCUUCAUCUUUGUUUAUGUUAUGAUUAUGUAGAGAGACGCUUAGCGAAUUGCUUUCGAUUCGAUCAUCAUAUGAAAUUUGAUUGUUACAGUCAAAAUGAUUGUGAAAACGGUGGUCAAUGUUUUCAAGAUUCACCCGAUUGUCCCAAGCGAUCGAUUUGUGUUUGUCGCUCAUGUUAUUAUGGAAAUCGAUGCCAAUUCAGUACAAGUGAAUUCGGCUUAUCGCUCGAUGCUAUUCUCGCCUAUCAUAUUAUUCCAAAUGCAAAUAUUUUCCAUCAAACGGCGAUUGUUAAACUAAGUUUCUCGUUGACAAUUAUGUUUAUGAUCGUCGGAUUCGCUAACGGAGUUCUUUCGUUGAUCACAUUUAAGAAUAAAAUUGUGCUUGAAGUCGGAUGUGGCAUCUAUUUAUUAGGUUCGUCGAUAACGACAAUGUUAACAACGCUGUUUUUUGGAUUGAAGUAUUUCAUUUAUCUUUCGUCACAAAUCUCUCCGCCGACAAAUCGAUCAUUCUUACGAGUGGAAUGUUAUUCAGUAGAUUUUCUUCUUCGAAUUUGUUUGAAUAUGGAUCAAUGGUUGAAUGCGUGUGUGGCAAUGGAAAGAGCGAUGACUGCGAUUCAAGGUGUGCAAUUCGUGAAGAAGAAAAGUAAAGAAUUGGCGAAAAAAGUUAUCGGUGUGGUUUUAUUGUUCAUUAUUUUAACAUCGAUUCACGAUCCAAUUCAUCGAGAAUUAUUCGAAGAAGAAGACAAUAAUGAUGAAAAUAAGAAAAGAAUCUGGUGUAUUGUCAAUUAUUCUUCAAAUUUACAAACUUACAACCGAUUUGUGAAUUCAUUCUUGUUUUUUGUUCCACUUCUCAUUAAUUUGAUUUCGACAAUUAUUUUAAUCAUGAAAAAAUCUCGUCAAAAGUCNUUCAUUAUUUUAACAUCGAUUCACGAUCCAAUUCAUCGAGAAUUAUUCGAAGAAGAAGACAAUAAUGAUGAAAAUAAGAAAAGAAUCUGGUGUAUUGUCAAUUAUUCUUCAAAUUUACAAAUCUACAAUCGAAUUAUCAAUACCUUUCUAUUUUUCGUUCCAUUUCUGAUAAAUUUCAUUUCAACAAUUAUUGUGAUAGCUAAAAAGUCUCAUCGACAAUCUCAUCUUCGAAAGCAUCGAUCUUACAAAGCUAUGCUAUGCGAACAAAUUCUUGAUCAUCAACAUUUAUUAGUUGCACCUAUUGUUUUAUGUGCUCUGGCAUUACCACGUUUGAUUCUUUCCUACGUAACAAAAUCUCUUUCAUACAACCAACCGAAAUUUUGUUCAACAGUUGAAUGGAAUGCGGAUGGACAUACUUUCGCGUUUGAUAAAUCAACUGAGGAAAGAUACCCGGUUCUAUGUAUCGAUACGAGCAAUACAAUAUACAUUGCUUCUGAAGAGAAAGCUGAAAUUCUACUUUUCUUUCGGAAUCAUACUUCGUUCCAGUCAAUCAGAUAUCCAUAUCAGGCAAAACUAUCUUGGAUAUUCGUGAUCAUCAAUGGUGAUAUGUACACAAGUUAUGAGAAAUGGCUAGCGAGUACAAAUGAAUUCAUUCGAGUAAUUGAUACUAAAUCAACUUGUUUUGAUCUUUUCAUCGAUAUCGAGAAUAAUUUAUAUUGUUCGAUGCUUCAUACGAAUAAAGUUGCAAAAGAAAUCAUUGGAAGAAAUGGAAAUGACACUUGUAUAGCUGGCACAAACUCUGUUGAUUUUGCUCCGCAUCAACUGAAUGGUCCGAUGGGAAUUUUUCUUGAUACAAAUUUGGAUUUAUAUGUGGCAGAUCGUUUCAACGGUCGAAUUCAAUUGUUCCAUUGGAACAAAAUCAAUGGAAAAACAGUGGCAGGCGCAAGCUCAUCAGGUACUACUAUUUCGCUCUUUCAUCCUUAUUCAGUGACACUCGAUUCGAAGAAAUAUCUAUUUAUUGUAGAGCGUGGCAACAAUUGUACAGUUGGAUCAGAAUCAAAUGGAUUUCGAUGUUUACUUGAAUGUGAUAAGGAAAUGAACACAAUGCUCUAUAAAACAUCUAAACCGACAAAAAUGAAUCUCGAUGUGUUUGGAAAUUUAUUUGUUUCUGAUCGGGACAGUUCUCGAAUACGAACAUUUGAUUUACAAACGGAUUCUUGUGUGCAUGUUUCGUCCACAACUCAGGCAGGGAAUUCUUCGGUUUUAAAAAACGAUCAUCCAUCAUUCUCACGUACUUUGUUCUAUCCUCCAAACUAUUGCUACGCAGCUACAGAAGUAACUGUCAGCAAGAUUGAUGUUUAUGUUCUCGCUGCUAAUAGUAUCAUUGAUCACUAUAGUCAUGUAUACAAAGAUCAUUUUCAUCGAUAUAAUACGCCAAAAAAAUCUAAUUGCAUGGAUUGGCAAAUGUUGUAA